GUUAAUCACCCACAAUAAUGCUCCCCCAUUGUUGAUCAUCUCCAUAACUGUAUUCACUCCCACCUUUCAUCAUCCCCUUCCUUCCCUCUCGUUGCCACCGUCUUCAUCCAAUUAUGGCCACAAAGUCGGUGCCGGCACAAGAAACCACCAUGACCACCCAUGCAAUCAAUAUUACAAAAAGUGGUUACUGCUUGGAAAGUAAAACCUUUCAAAGUCUGAUACCACCUGCUACUCCACCACCACCGCAUCAACCUCUCUCCAUAACCCAAUUCAUCCUUUCUCUCCUCCACUCCUCUGCCAUCCCAACCACCCAAAAAAACUACCUUAUCAUGCCCUCCACAGGUCAAUCUCUCACUUACUCUGAAGCCAUCAACCAGAUUUACUCUCUUUCUUCAUCUCUCAAGAGUCUCUACAAUUUAAACAAGAACGAUGUCUCUUUUAUCCUCUGCCCGCCCUCUCUCCACGUCCCCAUUAUUUAUCUCUCUCUUCUUUAUCUUGGUGUCACUAUCUCUCCUGCCAACCCCCUAAGUUCGAACUCCGAGCUGACUCACCAAAUCCAACUCAGCAAACCCAAGAUCGCAUUUGCUACAUCCCAAACUGCCCACAAGCUUCCUUCUUUUCCCCUUGGCACAAUCCUCAUUGACUCCCCUGAGUUCAUCUCCUUGUUGACUCAAAUCUCCAAACGAGACACUGCUACCAACCACGUUGAAGUGAGUCAAUCCGACAUGGCAGCGAUCCUAUAUUCAUCGGGAACAACUGGGAGAGUCAAAGGCGUGUCAUUGACUCACAGGAACGUAAUAGCGUCAAUCGCGGCUUUUCAAAUGAGCUCUGUAGAACUUGACCCACAUGCGGUUUCGUUGCUUACGCUGCCUUUGUUUCAUGUUUUUGGCUUCUUUUUGUUGAUAAAUGAAUUUCGGUGGGGGAGGACGUUGGUUUUGACGGAGAGGUUUGAUUUUGAGCAAGUGUUGAAGGUUGUAGAGAGAUAUAGAGUGAGUGACAUGCCUGUGGCGCCAACCAUUAUUCUGACAUUACUGAAAUCGGAUUUGACUAACAAGUAUAAUUUGAGUUCAUUGCGGAGGUUUAGUUGCGGUGGCGCGCCAUUGAGUAAAGAGGUUGCAGAAAAAUUCAAAAGGAAAUUUCCACAGGCUGAAAUAAUGCAGGGGUAUGGAUUAACGGAGGCUGGAGCUGUAUCUAGGAUAAUAGAACCUGAAGAAUGUAACCUGCAGCAUGCUUCUGUUGGUCGGUUGUUUGGAAAUAUGGAAGCCAAAAUUGUUGAUCCUCUAACUGGAGAGGCCUUUGGUCCUGGCAAGAGAGGGGAGCUUUGGUUGCGAGGGCUAUCCAUUAUGAAAGGUUAUGUAGGAGAUGAGAAGGCAACUGCCGAAACCUUGGAUUCAGAAGGGUGGUUAAAGACCGGGGAUCUUUGUUUAUUUGACUCCGAGGGCUUCCUCUACAUUGUUGAUAGGCUAAAGGAAUUGAUAAAGUACAAGGCAUAUCAGGUGAUCGAAUUAUCCGAUGCCCUUUCCAGUAUAGGAUUUACUUCAAUAAAUGUGCCCCCUUUUGAGUUGGAACAAUUGCUGCUGUCUAAUCCUGAGAUUGCCGAUGCUGCUGUAAUUCCGUAUCCUGAUGAAGAGGCAGGGCAAAUCCCCAUGGCCUAUGUGGUGAGGAAACCAGGAAGCAGCAUUACCGAGGCUCAAAUCAUGGAUUCCAUUGCAAAACAGGUUGCACCAUACAAGAAGAUAAGACGAGUGGCUUUUACCGAUGGGAUCCCCAGAUCUCCCGCCGGAAAGAUCUUGAGGCGGGAGCUCAUCAAUCAUGCUCUCUCCGGUGCUCUCUGUAAAUCAUAAUUUAUUUGUUUAAAAAAAAGGGUAUGAGUUGUUCUGUUAUUACUUUUGGGAGCUGUAAAAAAUUUUCUAUGUUGAUUUCGUAACAGUUACUUACAUAAUAAUAUGUAAAACAGUGAGAUAAA